UCCCAAUUAGCAACUCACCCUUAUCAGCUUUUACAGGGUUCCAGGGUCUGCUUGCGUUACUCCCGUCAAGCUAAGCACUAAACUUUUUUUUUAUCCCAAGGAAAGAAAAAAAUUUAUAAAUAACAAAUACAUAUUAUUUUAUCCUGUUUUCCUUGAAAAAAAAAAAAAAAAAAAUCAGAUCUAGACCGUUUUACAAGAAACGAAUUCGCCAACUCACCACCAAACCUGAAAAUUUGAAUUUCUGCAAAAGCAACAAUAACAAUAGUAAAGCAGAAGAAGUAGAAGCUGAAUUCAGUUUCGGGGAACGGAAACGGAAAACUUAUUUUUUUCUUCUCCACUCAACUCCUAAGCCACCGUAAAACAGCUUGGUUUUUUUACCAUCUUUUUAUGUAAGGUUCGUUGUUCGUCUUACAUCCUUUGCACUAUCUUUUAACAAUCAAGCUUGUCAAAGAGUUUGUUUUCUUUUCUUCUAUUUUUUUUUUCGUGUAACGGUGGAAACAGAAACCAGUACAGCAUUUUUUCCCUGCUUCUUCUCUACCUUUUAACAAACUCGGAAAUUUCUAACCAUCAGAGUUCUGUAAUUCUUAUUGUAAUUCGUUUUUUGUUUUGGGGACUGUGGUCUGGAGAGCCGGCGUGGCGUCCCGUCCACUGUUUUUGUGGGGGUUAUGAAAUUAUACACAGUGUGUUUUACAGGACUGUGGCGAAGACUGGAUCAGAAAGCUUUCUUUCUAAGCUGGGUUUUUAUGACAUUGUGUGUGUGAGACAGAAAGAGAGAACUGCAAAUUUUCGACCUUUUAGAAACUGAGGCUGAAAUUGGUCUUCGAGAACGUGUUUCGCUUUGAAUUAUUAAGGGAUUUUUUCGCGCUCUCUCUCUGUUUUCCCUCACAUUUGGCGUUUGUUGAAAUCCAUUUUCGACUUUGUAUCAGGUUUGUUAUUGAAGAAUUGCAAUAAAAAAUGAUGUUGUCUGCGUCACCGGCAGCUGUGGGAAGGAGCUCAUUGGAGGAGAUGCUGGACUCGCUGCGGCGGCGAGACGAGGCCUUGGAGAAGUCCAAAGACCUGCCGCCUGCUUUGCCAGCUCGGCCCACCUCAAGGGCACGACUUCCCUCUGCGCGGCGCUCACUGCCCACUGACUUCAAGGUUGGUGCCAAUGGCCAAAUGGAGAGCAAAGAGGAAAUUGAAAUUAAUAAAGGGAAGGAGGAUACAAAGAGAAAGGAAAAACAAUUAGGGUACAAGACAGGAAGUUUUGGAAGCAAGAAAAUGAAGAAAGAUCAGAAUUGUGUGGAUUCAAAUCCUUAUGCGGAGGAGAAGAAUGAGCCAGCAAAGUGGUCUGUUAUUAGUUCUAUGCCAAACGCAGAAGAGCCGGAGUGGGAUGACAACAUUGGUUAUUUUAUCAAGAAGAAACUACGUAUCUGGUGUCAGCUCCCAAAUGGUCAAUGGGGUUCAGGGACUAUACAAUCAACUUCAAGGGAUGAAGCAGUUGUUUUGCUUUCAACCGGAAAUUUUAUAAAGGUGUCUACAGCAGACCUCUUGCCUGCAAAUCCAGAUUUGCUUGAGGGCGUAGAUGACCUUAUAAAGCUUAGUUAUUUGAAUGAGCCUUCAGUUCUUUACAAUCUUAAAUAUCGAUAUUCUCAGGAAAAGAUUUAUAGUAAAGCUGGGCCAGUUUUAAUUGCCAUAAAUCCCUUCAAAGCUGUUCCUUUUUAUGGAAAUGAAGUUGUCAAAGCAUACAAGCAAAAGCUGAUGGACAGUCCUCAUGUUUAUGCUAUAGUGGAUAUUGCUUACAAUGAGAUGAUGAGAGAUGCAAAAAACCAAUCCAUAAUCAUAAGUGGUGAAAGUGGAGCUGGGAAAACUGAGACAGCAAAGUAUGCGAUGCAAUACUUGGCUACUCUCGGUGGUAGCACCAGUGGCAUAGAGCAUAAGAUUCUUUGGACCAACUGCAUCCUUGAAGCAUUUGGAAAUGCAAAAACAUCCAGGAAUGGCAAUUCCAGUAGAUUUGGAAAGCUGGUUGAAAUUCAUUUCAGCAUAACAGGGAAGAUGCGUGGUGCUUAUGUUCAAACUUUUCUACUAGAAAAGUCAAGAGUAGUUCAGCUGGCCAAGGGUGAAAGAUCUUACCAUAUAUUUUACCAACUUUGUGCUGGUGCUCCAUCAAUUCUUAGAGAGAGAUUGAAGCUUAAAGUGGCUAGCGAGUACAACUACCUUAACCAGAGCGAGUGCUUGGUAAUUGAUGGAGUCAAUGAUUCCCUGAACUUUCACAAGCUUGUGGAAGCUUUAGACAUUGUUCAAAUUUGCAAAGCUGAUCAGGAGCAGAUAUUUUCAAUGCUUGCUGUGAUAUUAUGGCUUGGAAAUGUAUCAUUUCAAGUAAUUGACAAAGAAAAUCAUGUGGAGGUGUUGGCUGAUGAAGCUAUAACAAAUGCAGCUAGGCUGAUGGGUUGUAGCAUCCAAGACUUGAUAUUUGCUCUAUCUUCCCAUAGAAUUCGAUGCGGAAGAGAUGAUAUCAUUAAAAAAUUGACGUUCCAGCAGGCAAUAGAUAGAAGAGAUGCAUUGGCAAAGUUUAUUUAUGCAAGCUUGUUUGAUUGGCUUAUGGAUCAAAUCAACAAAUCACUUGAAGCGGGCAAACUGCCUGCUGGUAGAUCCAUAAAUAUCCUUGAUAUUUAUGGUUUUGAGUCAUUUAAGAAUAACAGCUUUGAACAAUUUUGCAUAAAUUAUGCAAAUGAGAGGCUGCAGCAGCAUUUCAACAGGCAUUUAUUUAAACUCAAACAGGAGGAUUACGAAGAGGAUGGGAUUGAUUGGACUAGAGUUGAUUUUGCUGACAACCAAGAAUGCUUAAACCUCUUUGAGAAGAAACCUUCGGGGUUAUUAUCUUUGUUGGAUGAGGAAUCAAAUUUCCCCAAUGCCACUGAUUUGACUCUUGCCAAUAAGCUUAAGCAGCACUUGAGUAGUAGUCCUUUCUUUAAAGCUGAAAGAGGGAGGGCUUUUGGCAUUCAUCAUUACGCUGGAGAGGUUGUCUAUGAUACAAAUGGAUUUCUGGAAAAGAACCGAGAUUCACUGCACUCAGAUUUCUUCCAACUGCUAUCUUCAUGCAGUUGCCAGUUGCCACAGUUGUUCGUCUCCAGAAUGUCUAAUCAAUCACAUUCAGUGAAAUUUGCAAGUCCAUUAUGUCAAUCUGGUGGAUUGGAAUCUUCAAUGCAAAGUGUUGGUACUAAGUUCAAGGGCCAACUAUUCAAACUAAUGCAACAGCUGGAGAACACUACACCUCACUUCAUUCACUGCAUAAAGCCAAAUACUAAGCAACUUCCUGGAGUCUAUGAAGACGAUCUUGUCUUACAGCAACUACGAUGUGGUGGAGUUUUGGAGGUGCUUAGGAUUUCAAGAUCUGGGUAUCCCACUCGAAUAACUCAUGAAGACUUCGCACAAAGGUAUGGCUUCCUACUCUCGGGGACAAGUGUAUCUCAGGAUCCAUUAAGCAUUUCAGUUGUUGCUCUACAACAAUUUAAUGUACCACCUGAAAUGUAUCAAGUUGGUUAUACCAAAGUGUUUCUUCGAACAGGCCAGAUUGCUAAAUUGGAAGAGCAGAGAAAGCAAGUUCUGCAAGGCAUACUUGGGAUCCAAAAAUGUUUUCGUGGCUCCCAAGCUCGUCGUGAUUUGAAUGAAAUGAAAAAAGGGGCUAUAAUAUUACAAUCAGUUAUCCGUGGUGAAAAUGCUAGGAGGAAGUAUAAAUCUAUGCCAAAGAGUCUUACAGUCAGUGCUUCCCUCACAGCUGAUAACAACAAUCAGCUGGUGGCAAUUAUAUGCUUACAGUCUGUAAUCCGUGGGUGGUUAGCUCGGAAGCAAUUCAAUGACAAGCGUAAAUUGAAGAACUCAAGUCAUGAGAAUCCAAAUUCCAAAAGAAAGCCAGGAAAGAAGAUUUCAGAAGUGAAGGUUAUGCCACAAGAGCAAGUCGAGAUUCAGACUUCAAUUCUGGCAGAACUUCAAAAGAGGGUUACUAAAGCAGAAGUGACUAUCACGCAGAAGGAAGAGGAAAAUGCUGCUUUGCGAGAGCAAUUACAACUAGUUGAAAGACGGUGGUCAGAAUAUGAGGCAAAGAUGAAAGCAAUGGAAGAAACGUGGCAAAUGCAGAUGGAAUCAUUGCAAACAAGCCUUGCUGCUGCCAGAAAAAGUCUUGCUGCUGAUAACGCUGCUGGUCAACAUGGAAAACUUGAUUCUUUUGCAUCACCUCGGUAUGAUUCUGAGGAAAACAUGUCCUCAGGACUUCGAACUCCUGUUGGAAGCACACCCAGCAAAAUGUCUCUUGGGAAGGAGAAUAACGGCCCUGUAAAUGCAGUCAAUAUUCUUGCGAAGGAAUUUGAGCAACGGAGACAAAAUUUUGAUAAUGAUGCCAAAGCAUUAGCUGAGAUCAAACCUGUGCAACCUGCUUCUGCCGAUGCAGAACUCAGAAAUCUAAAAUCAAGAUUUGAAACAUGGAAGAAAGACUACAAGGUCCGAUUGCGAGAAACUAAGGCAAGGCUUCACAAACUUGGGCAUGGAGAAAUUGAUAGAAGAAGCCGAAGAUGGUGGGCAAAGAUAGGAUCAAAAGGACUCCAACGUUCGUAGGGAUGCAUGAGAAAAUGAUAUUACAAAGCUAUUUGCUUUUCAAAGCCCCAGCAAUUGAUCUAUGUUGUAAUGGUAGCUUUGGAAAAUAAUGUAUUUAUGUAUCUACGUAAUUGUCGAUCAAUGAGGUUUGAUGAUCAUGUAUAGUUGAAUAGGUUUCUCCGAGAGCUUCCGCUCCAUCCUCUGUCUCUGUCUGUCUAUGAAACUAGGUUAGGCUAUUUGUAUAUAUUCUGUCAUCACAGAUGUAAUGUGACAUACUUGGGAAGUAAAAGAUUGUAAGUAUAGCCAAUGAUUUCUAUGAAACAUGAUCAAAGCAUUACAUUGAA